AUGUCACUAAAAAUCAAUAAAAUCAUAAAUGGACCGAUUCCUGACUUUUUUCUUUUCGAUGAAACAAAACGAUUGGACUCCUUGAAGUUUGACGGACAAAAUUUGGAAGUUUUAGAUCAACUUCUUCUUCCCCACGAAUUCAAAUAUAUUCCAAUUCUGAAUGUUUCUGAUGCAUUUGAUGUCAUUAAAUCAAUGCAAGUACGUGGUGCUCCAUUGAUAGCAGUCGUUGGAAGUCUCGGACUUCUUCUCGAAUUACAGAAGAUGUCAGAGUUGAAUUCAGAUGAGAUUCGGAAGAAAAUCGAGUUUUUGAUUAGUUCUAGACCGACUGCUGUUGAUUUGAGAAACUCUUUGACUGGAAUUCUUCCGAUUUUGGAGAAAGAAGGGGAUUCGGAUGGAGUGAAAUUAGAAAAGUGCCGUGAAUACCUGCUCGAAGUCUACACUUCUGAAAAACUGCAGAAUCGAAUUCUCGUCUGGAAUGCCUAUCAAGAACUUCUCGCCGCCUUCCCGGAUAAGAAAAAGCUGACAGUUAUGACAAUUUGCAACACCGGAAGCCUGGCUACAGUAUCCUGGGGUACUGCACUCGGAGUCAUUAGAGCUCUUCACUCGGAAAAUCGGUUGGAGCUGGCGUAUGUUUUGGAGACACGACCUUAUAAUCAGGGGAUCCGGUUGACGGCUACAGAGUUGAUUCAUGGAGAUGUGCCGUUUAAGCUAAUUACCGAUUCGAUGGCAGCAUGGGCUAUGAAAAAUCAUCAAGUGGACUGUGUCCUCGUCGGUGCUGAUAAUGUGGCUCGGAAUGGAGACACUGCCAAUAAAAUCGGGACUUACAUGCUCGCAGUCCUUGCCAAACACCACAAUAUCAACUUCUAUCCGGUCGUUCCAUUCACCACGAUCAAUAAGAAUAUCGCCACUGGAGCUGAGAUUAAAAUUGAGGAGAGACCAUCUGGAGAGUUGCUUCGAGUGAAUGGAGUCCUGGUUGGACAUGAGAAAUGUCCUGUUUGGAAUCCGGCGUUUGAUGUGACACCGGCAGAGCUUAUCACUAAAAUUCUUACGGAUUUCGGAAACUGGUCGCCUGAACUAUUGGAAGAACAAAUUCCUAAAUAA